UGCAGAGCGGGCAAACUUUUUUUUUUUUUCUUCUAUGUAACUUAUUUAUUUGUAUUUUACACUUACCUAAGAGAAGCAUGUUGUGCGUGUGCCUGUGCAUGCCCUUUCCAAACUCAGAACACACUGAAUUUGAGUAUUUUGAAUCAAAUGGACUACCAGCUGAACUCAAGUCUCUCUUCAAACUGAGCAUAUUUCUUCCUUCUCAGGAAUUUUCUACAUAUCGAAACUGGCGGAAGAAAAUAGUGAAAGCGGGAGACAAGGACCUGGACGGCCAGCUGGACUUUGAGGAGUUUGUCCACUACCUGAGAGACCACGAGAAGAAGCUUCGGCUGGUCUUCAAGAGCCUGGACAAGAAGAACGAUGGUCACAUUGACUCGCAGGAAAUCAUGCAGUCCCUUCGAGACCUGGGGGUUAACAUCUCUGAGCAGCAGGCUGAGAAGAUCCUCAAAAGAAUAAGGAAGGGCCUUGUCUGGGCCCCUAUCAUGUACAUGGACAAGAACGGCACGAUGACCAUCGACUGGAACGAGUGGAGAGACUACCACCUGCUGCACCCUGCUGAUAACAUUCCUGAGAUCAUCCUGUACUGGAAACACUCUACGAUCUUCGAUGUUGGGGAGAGUCUGAUGGUCCCAGAUGAGUUCACCGCCGAGGAGAAGAAGACUGGGAUGUGGUGGCGACACCUAGUGGCUGGAGGGGCAGCUGGCGCCGUGUCUCGAACCUGCACAGCACCUCUGGACCGGCUCAAAGUGCUCAUGCAGGUUCACGCCACCCGUACCAACAGCAUGUGCAUCGCCGGCGGCUUCACCCACAUGAUCCGUGAGGGCGGCAUGAGGUCGCUAUGGCGAGGCAAUGGCAUGAACGUCAUCAAGAUUGCCCCAGAGUCGGCCAUCAAGUUCAUGGCUUACGAGCAGAUCAAACGGUUGAUAGGCAGCAACCAGGAGACCCUGGGCAUCCUGGAGAGGUUUGUGGCUGGAUCCCUGGCUGGAGCCAUCGCUCAGAGCAGCAUCUACCCCAUGGAGGUGUUAAAGACCCGCCUAGCCCUGAGGAAGACGGGACAGUUCUCUGGCAUCGCUGACUGCGCCAAACACAUCUUCCGGAAGGAGGGCAUGGCCGCCUUCUACAAGGGCUACAUUCCCAACUUGAUAGGCAUCAUCCCCUACGCUGGCAUUGACCUGGCCGUCUACGAGACUCUGAAGAACUCGUGGCUGCAGCGCUACGCCACAGACAGUGCAGACCCGGGGGUGUUUGUCCUUUUAGCCUGCGGUACCACUUCCAGCACCUGUGGCCAGCUGGCUAGCUACCCCCUGGCCCUGGUCAGGACCCGCAUGCAGGCACAAGCCACCAUCGAGGGCGGUCCCCAGAUGACCAUGUCAGGGCUGUUUAAACACAUCGUGAAGACUGAAGGUGUGUUCGGACUCUACCGGGGCCUGGCCCCCAACUUCAUGAAGGUCAUUCCAGCAGUCAGCAUCAGCUACGUGGUCUACGAGAACCUCAAGAUAAGCUUGGGGGUCGUGUCUCGGUGAUGACCAGGAGGAAAGGGAGGGAGCACCUCCCCUAAAAGCCAAAGGGUUCUUUUUUGCUUUUCUUUUUGGAGAGAAAAAGAGGAGAGCGAGGAGUAGGAGACUGAGUGAGAAGAGUUUCCAAGCAGCGGAGCAGGUGACUAGGAAAGAAGGGGUUGUUGCUGGGACUGUUGGAAACGUUGUCUCAUUCUGUGAAUGUUAUGAGGACAGGUGGGUCGAGGUGGAUGGAAGGGAGAUAUAUACUACAACACUAACAACUAAAACGGGGUUCUCCAACCCUGUUCCUGGAGAGCUACCGUCCUGCAAAAACUCCAGGAGGGUAGCUCCAACCCCCCCACCAGGAACAGGGUUGGAGAACUUUGGACUAAAAGAAGUGAUGGACGGAUGUGGAUGGACACUGUGACUUGGAGGGAGGUAUGGGGAUCCUCUCUCAUAGAUGUAACCUUUAAUCAUCAUUAUUUAAUGUGUUAUUUUGUUAUCAGUCCAGAGGCACUUCACCAUGAGUCCACUGUUGGCUUUUUUUUAAUCAAACACGAAGACCCAGGUUAACUAAAAAGCAAUCUCUUCACUGGAACACCAACAUUCUCCAACCAGCUUGAAGUUUGCUAAUAAUAAUGUAUUUAGGGACCAAGAAGCCGCUUUUGUUCGUGACUGUUGCAUUGUGGCAGGUUUGUGGGAACUGGGGACUGACAAAAUCAACUGGGGGAACACAUAUCAAGUAAAUGUUUGACCCUUCGUCCCAUAGUACUAUCCUAUAGAUGGCAGUAUUGGUUAACCUAUCUGGCUUGUGAAAGACAACCAAAGCCCAAUUCACGACAAAGGGCUUUUUUGAUUGUCAUCUAAAAUGUUCUUAUGUAUUAUCUGUCCCCCUUUAACGCAGCACUCCCCAAUUCGGCAACUAUUAGGGCACUAGCUGUGGCAAAUUUGUCUCGAGAGAGAAAAACCUCAACUCAGAAUUUUGGUUUAACUGAUUCAUUCCUGUAUUGUUUUGCCCCAUUCAAAAGAAAUCCAAACUGUGGUUUUCCUUUUUCUCAUUGUUUGACUUGAUAAGAAUGUUAAACUGAUUUGAACUGAAAAGGUGAUGCAGGUUGAAUGCCCAUAGUGUCUUAUUGUCCACUUAGUCUUAAAACAGCUGGUAAGAAGAUGUGUGUGUCUUGAUGCUAAUUUAUUUUCGUAUUGUAACCAGAUAUUUAUUUAAAUGUGGUCCGUACAGGCAGCACUAAAAUAAUAGAUGCUGCUAGCAUAUAAGUUUAGUUACAAUACUAUAACAACAUAUUCAGCAACUGUUUAUAUAUUGUAUUUAGCAAUUAUGAUGCAACACACAAUGAUUAGCCUACCUAUUGAUCAAGGUUUGGGGUGUUACGUUGUCACUACCUGUUUAACAUUUCGGACAGGAAGUCCUGAUUUGACAUUUGUUCCUCCGGACCUUCCCUGCACCUGAAAUCUACAGUCUGUAAAUGUGUGAAUUUCCAGGGUGCAGGAUAUUCCAUGUUCCUUUUCAAUAAGUCUGUAAGGGCGUGGUGGCGUAGUGCAGCCUUAGUCAAAGUGCAGUGCAGUGGAAGACACCGCAUCAGCAAGUGUGGGAGUGCUCUGUCCCCAGUGCCGCAGAAUGGAGAAAAAUAUCUGCAAUGGGACAGGGCAAUGGUCUGUGUGAAUGAGGACCUGUGUGCAUGAGGUCUCUCGUUUUGCUCCAUUACAUUUAAACUGCAAUGAGCAAACACUUCUACCACCAAGCUUCCUCUCAAUGCACUUAAACAAGAAACACUUAAUAAUGCACUUUAAGGUCAUUUUCUUUAACUUGAACUUUCUUUAACCAGACUUGAAUCUUUUUUUUUUUUUACUGAAAUCAAAUGAGGGAUUGCUAGCAUUGCAUUGUGAUGUUUUUUUUUUAAUCAUACAUUUGACUGAAAUUAUUAAUAUUAAAGGCCCAGUGCAGUCAAAAACAA